AUGUGGAAGCCCCCCCCUCUCCUUGUCAGCAGCCCUUUCCAGCUGUGAUAUUAUCCUUGCCCUGAGGCUGGGUGCUGAGUACCCAGGAAAUCACCUGCUUCUCCUCUUCUCAGGAGAAGGCCAUCAGCAUAUGGGAGUCGGAGAAUUUCUUCUUUGACCUUGAGCCUCUGCCAGGGGCUGUGGAAGCUGUGAAGCAGAUGGCCAAUCUAGAAAACACUGAUGUCUUCAUCUGCACGAGCCCUAUCAAAACGUACAAGUUCUGUCCCUAUGAGAAGUAUGCCUGGGUGGAGAAGCACUUUGGCCCUGACUUUCUGGAGCAGGUUGUGCUAACCAGAGACAAGACCGUGAUCUCUGCCGACCUUCUCAUAGAUGAUCGGCCGGACAUCACAGGCAAGUGGCCUGCAGCAGGGGCUGAGCCCAACCCCAGCUGGGAGCACGUCCUCUUCACAUGCUGCCACAAUCGGCACGUGCAGCUGCAGCCCCCCAGCCGCAGGAUGCAUUCGUGGGCGGACGACUGGAAGACCAUUCUGGACAGCAAGCGGCCCUGCUGAGCUGGACUGUUCUCUGGGCCCCUCCGUGGGGCCCCUGACUUCAGGGCUCCCAGCUCAGGGCCUGGGGGGCUAGUGUAUUGGCCUGGGGCCUUCCUCACAGAUGCCCCAUGCCCACUAUGUGUCUCCUCCCCUUCCCCAGCCCUGCCAGCCCUUAAACUGGUCUUGGGGCUGGACUGGUCCAAGGGCCCUGGACAAGACUCAUAUAGCCGGGCAGUGCAAGCUGACCUCAGGCCAUGGCUAGGCUGUGGAGGCCAGGGGCUCCAGACAGGGAGAGGAACAAGGGCAUUGUUCAGAGGGCAAGGAGUCCUUCCCCUCCCCCAGGGAAGUCCCCUCUUCCCUGGGUCUGCAGGCCAUCAGUGAGGUUGCCAGCAGCAAGAUGGCUGAGGUGCUCCUGGUCUGAGAGGGCAAUGAGCAGGAGCAGGUAGAGAAGAGCUCCUCAUAUACUCAGCCACCACCUCUUAACCCCUGUCUGCCCAGUCUGGUGCCUCCAGUGCCCUGCCAUGCAUUCAGCAAGCACCAAGUUCCAGGACAUGCCAGGCUCUGUGCUGGGGUACCACACAUGGCCCUGCCUUUGACCAGCUCAUUGUUGGGGCCCCACUCAGGGCCCAGCAGAGUCAUGAGACUUGAACGUUUGUUGAA